AAUGUAUAUAAAUUGAUGGGUUUGAAGCAGAGUUUCAGCACACAUAUACUCCAACUUAUCCAAAAAAAAAAAAACUGUUCAUUCCAAAAUGGCAAAGUCAGAAUUUGGACAAGAGAAUCAGCCCCCGCAGGGUAUCCCACGAUUGCUGAUCCACCUGCAACUCAGAAGAAAUGCUUCCCUCGUUCAAAGAAGAAGGGAGAUAGGGGCUUCAUUGAAGGAUGCUUGUUCGCCCUUUGUUGCUGUUGGCUCUGCGAAGCUUGCUUCUAAACAAUGCUUUUGAGGAACCGCUCCUAUGUUUGCUUCUUAACAAUAUUUGGUUGUGAUUGUUGCUCAUAUUGUGUUAUGAAGUAGACAUGAUUGAUGUUACUAAAU